GCUACCGUGCAGAGCACAACGCGAUCGAUCGAUCCAUUUCGGGAGUUGAGCAACCACGAUGCGGGGCUUAUCAGCGUUUUUACUUUUACUUUGCCUGCAAAGGGUGAUGACAGAUGCGGCAACAGCCAGGCGACCCAACAUAAUCAUCAUAAUGGCCGAUGAUAUGGGCUUCGAUGAUGUGAGCUUCCGCGGUGGCCGAGAGUUUCUAACGCCCAAUAUUGAUGCAUUGGCUUAUCAUGGUCGACUCCUGGAUCGUCUGUACGCCCCGGCCAUGUGCACUCCCUCACGGGGAGCCCUGCUCAGCGGGCGAUAUCCCAUACACACGGGAACCCAACAUUUUGUGAUUAGCAACGAGGAACCUUGGUCCUUGACCCUGAAUGCCACCCUAAUGCCGGAGAUCUUUCAGCGAGCUGGUUACUCCACCAACCUGGUGGGCAAGUGGCAUCUGGGUUUCUCUCGUCCAGAAUAUACGCCCACUCGAAGAGGCUUUGACUACCACUAUGGCUACUGGGGCGCCUACAUAGAUUACUACCAAAGGCGUUCCAAGAUGCCAGUGGCUAACUACAGCCUGGGCUAUGACUUCAGGCGUAACAUGGAGCUGGAGUGUCGGGAACGUGGGGUUUAUGUAACAGACUUGCUGACCAAUGAGGCAGAGAGAUUGAUCAAGGACCAUGCAGGCAAGGAUCAGCCUUUGUUUCUAAUGCUCAGCCACUUGGCUGCCCAUACAGCCAACGAAGAUGAUCCUUUGCAGGCGCCGGAGGAGGAGAUACGUAAAUUCGCCUACAUCAAGGAUCCCAAUAGAAGGAAAUAUGCGGCCAUGGUUUCCAAGUUGGAUCAAAGUGUGGGUCGCGUAAUCAGCACCCUGGCCAACACCGAACAGCUGGAAAACAGUAUUGUGAUCUUCUAUUCGGACAAUGGUGCGCCAUCGGUAGGCAUGUUCUCGAAUACAGGCUCCAACUGGCCACUCCGUGGUCAGAAGAACACGCCUUGGGAGGGUGGAGUGCGAGUGGCUGGCGCCAUUUGGAGUUCUCAGCUGGAGGCACGCGGCAAUAUCUUUACCCAGCCCAUAUACGUGGGUGAUUGGCUGCCCACACUGGCCCAUGCGGCGGACAUUGAGUUGGAAGAGUCCGACGCCCAUAAGCUAGAUGGCAUUGACUUGUGGCCACAGUUAGCAGGAGCCGCCGAUGCUCCGCAUGUUCCUCGGGAGAUCCUGCACAGCCUGGACGAUGUGUGGCGGGUGGCGGCCCUUCAAAUGGGGCAGUGGAAAUAUGUAAAUGGUACUACCGCGGCGGGGAAAUUUGACACGGUGCUCACCUACCGGGAGCUAGACGACCUGGAUCCUCGGGACAGUCGUUAUCCUGUGACUGUAAGGAACUCGGCGGCCUCGAGGGCCCUCUCCCGUUUUGAUUUGCGUCGUCUGACGCAGCAAAGGAUAGCUGCCAUUCGAAGAUCGGCAGCAGUGCGAUGUGCUGAUUUCCAAAGAUCCUGUAAUCCUUUGCUGGAGGAGUGCUUGUACGAUAUCUCAACGGAUCCCUGCGAGCAAAACAAUCUGGCGUACUCCAGUCGGCACUCCGAUGUCUUGGCCGCCCUUCGAAGGCGUGUAAGGGAACUAAGAGCAGGCGCUGUGACUCCGGGUAACCGGGCGAGCAUGCCGGCCGCUGACCCCACCUGGCACACCUGCACCUGGGAAUCUUUCGAGUUGAACAAGCCAGGAACCGUGCCCUUGGAAUGCGAUUACCACGGCGUACCCUGUGAGAGCAAUGUUUAGAAACAAUAAGGAGUUAUUAUUAUAUUGUUUUAUUUUAGGUAGUUGAAAAAUUAUUAGAAAAAAAUAUAUCACUCUUUUCUGAAUAAUGAUGAACCACUUACAAAUAUAAAAAAAACCGGGGAACCAUAAUCAUUAUAGGUUUUAUUUAAAAAAUGGUGUGUUAAUGAUUACACCUUGAUUUUUAUUUGUUUUACCAUUAGUUAAUGAGAAUGUAUAUGUAUAUGCAUAUUAUAUUACUCAAUUUUAAUAAUUUAAGUCUGAAACAUAAAAAUAAACCUGAAAAUGGAUAGAUUAUACAACAAG